CUUUUGUAGCUUCAGAGAAAUUUUGAUUAAACCCUAAUCUCUCUCCUCUCUUUGGAGCAAAAAAAAAAAAUGUCGAAAUCAAUGGAGGACGAGAAUGUUCUCAAAUCCGAAAUCGCAUCAUUCGCUUCCUCUCUCGGCUUAUCUUCAUCACUUCCUUCCUCAGGCUUCAACGACUCCGAUUUCCGCAAACCCACUAAACCCCCAAAAACCCAGAAACGAAAAAACCCUAAAAACGACGUCGUCUCCGAGGAUGGCACAAAAGGAGACGCUAAAAGCAAGCCCAGAUCGAAGGAAGCGAAGAAGCAAACCUCCAAAGAAGCUCCGGCGGCAAACCCUAAGCCAAAGACUGAUUUUUUAUCGAUUGAAGACGAGAAAACCGGUUUUAAAGCCAAAAAAUUCGAAAAGUUCAAAACUUUACCUAAGCUUCCUUUGGUGAAAGCGAGUUUGCUUAGCUCUGAGUGGUAUAACGACGCGGAGGAGCUCGAGGAGAAGGUCUUUGGUGGAGGAGGUAAAGGGAGAGUGGUGGUUGAGGAUUUGAAGAGUGUGGUGGAGGUUAAGAGGGAGAUGGGAGAGAGGUUGAUGUGGCAAUACGCUGAGGAUUUUGUAAGUUCGCAAGGGAAGAGUGGUGAUAUGAAGAUGGUGAUUUCUGCUCAGAAGUCUGGGACGGUUGCUGAUAAGAUCACUGCUUUUGAGAUUAUGGUUGGGGAGAAUCCUAUUGCUAAUAUGAGGUCUCUUGAUGCCUUGUUGGGAAUGGUGACUUCGAAGGUUGGGAAGAGAUUUGCGUUCAAGGGACUUAAGGCUCUAUCUGAGAUUUUGAUCAGGCUGUUACCUGAUCGCAAGCUGAAGACGCUUUUGCAGAGACCUUUGAAUAGCAUUCCAGAAAAUAAGGAUGGUUACUCGCUUUUGAUGUUUUGGUACUGGGAGGAAUGCUUGAAACAGAGGUAUGAGCGCUUUGUUAACGCCCUUGAUGAAUCAUCUAAGGAUAUGCUUCCAGAGCUAAAAGACAAGGCUUUAAAGACUAUAUACUUCAUGUUGACAAGCAAAUCAGAACAGGAGCGGAAAUUGCUUGUGUCAUUGGUGAAUAAGUUGGGAGAUCCUCAAAACAAGAGUGCAUCUAAUGCUGAUUAUCACCUGACAAACCUUUUGGCUGAUCAUCCUAACAUGAAGGCUGUGGUGAUUGAUGAAGUGGAUUCCUUUCUCUUUCGUCCUCAUCUUGGGCUACGUGCAAAGUAUCAUGCUGUUAACUUUCUGAGUCAAAUUCGAUUGAGCCAUAAAGGAGAUGAUCCAAAGGUGGCAAAACGCCUAAUUGAUGUUUAUUUUGCCUUGUUUAAGGUUUUAACAACAGAAGCAAAUAAGAAACCAGGCGCAGAUGACAAAGUGGCUGAUAAGAAAAAUGCAAACUCUAAGGACACAAAAGAAGACAAGUCCUCUGAUUCGCCUGUUGAAUUGGAUUCCAGAAUUCUAUCAGCUCUACUAACGGGUGUUAACAGAGCUUUUCCAUAUGUUUCCACUGACGAAGCAGAUGAUAUAGUUGAAUCACAGACGCCGGUGCUUUUUAAAUUGGUACACUCGAAGAAUUUCAAUGUGGGAGUUCAAUCACUGAUGCUUCUUGACAAAAUCUCAUCCAAGAAUAAGAUUGUCAGUGAUAGAUUUUACCGUGCAUUGUACUCGAAACUUCUACUCUCCUCCGCAAUGAAUUCUUCUAAGGCUGAAAUGUUUAUUGGGCUUCUUCUCAGAGCCAUGAAGAACGAUAUCAAUAUAAAGCGUGUGGCUGCCUUUUCCAAAAGAAUCUUGCAGGUUGCGCUACAACAGCCACCACAGUACGCCUGUGGAUGCCUCUUCCUUCUGUCUGAGGUGCUAAAAGCAAGACCACCUCUUUGGAACAUGGUGGUCCAGAGAGAAUCAGUUGUGGAAGAAGAAGAUGUAGAACAUUUUGAGGAUGUGAAAGAGGAAGACGAUAUUGAUCCCAUUAAGGAAGCAGAGAAAGAAGGGAAUGUUGUUGAAGUUGAUCAUGAAGAUGACAAAAUCACAAGUAGAGAUGAUGAUGAUGAUAAUUCUUCAGAUGACGAAGAGGCUUUGGCGGCCAGGCAAUCUGAUGAAGAAGAUGAUUAUGCUUCUGAUGAUGGUGAAGAGCUAUUUAUUAAAGAAACCUCCCAAAAAACCAUGGAGGUUGUUAAUGAUAGCGAAAAAAUAAGCCAGGCGCCAUUAAAAUCAAGUUGUCUUCCUGGAGGAUACGAUCCUCGCCAUAGAGAACCUUCUUACUGUAACGGAGACCGUGUGAGUUGGUGGGAAUUGGUUGUUCUUGCUUCACACGCUCAUCCCUCUGUGGCUACUAUGGCUGGAACCCUUCUCUCAGGAACUACUAUCGUUUACAACGGAAACCCGUUGAAUGAUCUAUCUCUAACUGCUUUCUUGGAUAAAUUUAUGGAGAAGAAACCAAAGCAGAACACAUGGCAUGGCGGCUCCCAGAUCGAACCAUCCAAGAAGCUUGACAUGUCAAACCAGAUGAUUGGAGCUGAUAUACUCAGGUUAGCAGAAGAAGAUGUGUCUCCUGAAGAUUUGGUCUUCCACAAGUUCUAUGUGAACAAGAUGAACAGUACAAAGCAAUCAAAGAAAAAGAAGAAGAAGAAGCUACCUGAAGAAGAAGCUGCUGAAGAACUUUACGAUGUGAACGAUGGUGAUGGUGGAGGAAACUACGAUAGUGAUGUCGAGUUCGAAGCUGGUGACGAGAGUGACAAUGAGGAGAUUGAGAAUAUGUUGGAUGAUGUUGACGAUGACGCUGUGGAAGAAGAGGGUGGUGAGUAUGAUUAUGAUGAUCUGGACAAAGUAGUGGGAGAUGAUGAUGAUGAGCUUGUGGCUGAUGGGAGUGAUGCAGAUAUGGACACAGAAAUGGAUAUGCUUGAUGGUGAAGAUCUAGAUGAGGAUGUUGAUGACAUUGCUGAUGAUGAUGUUGGAGAUGAUGAUAGUGAUGGUGGUGGUAACAAGAAAAAGAAAGGAAAAGGAAAACGGAAAUCUCCAUUCGCAAGUCUUGAAGAGUACGAGCAUUUGAUAGACGAGGAGGAUGAUUCAAAGUCGAAAAGAAAAGUAACAUCAGAGCCCAAAAAGAAGAAAAAGAAGAAGACUACCAAAGCGUCAGAAUAGAAAAGGUUCAUUGUCGUUGAUACCUUGAAGCAAAAGGUAAGAAUCGUUGCUUGCUAUGGAAGGCUUCUUCUGUUGUUGAGUUGUACUAAAAACUCUGGAGACAAUUACUCCAAUUUUGUGGUGUUUUGUUAUUUCUUCUACUUUAAGUUUUCAUCUCUUAAAACAAAAAAAGAUUUAGAUUUUGUAUGAUUAUGUUAUCUAAUUACUUGAGACUUUAUAGCUGAAACCAUAAUUCAAAAUUUCCUUUAUAUCCA